UUAACAAAAUUUUCCAAUCGCCUCCUGCUUAGUACAACCAGAAAGAAAGAAUGCAGAAAACAAACAGAGGAAAUGGUGACCUAUGUGAGCGCGUUGUUCUACGGAGUAGGAGGAAUAGUCGUCGCCGGAGUUGCUCUGCUCGUGGCUUUCCAGGAGAAGCUUGUAUACGUCCCAGUGCUUCCAGGCUUAAGCAAGUCUUAUCCGAUCACUCCUGCUAGGCUCAAUCUCAUUUACGAAGACGUUUGGCUUCAAUCAUCCGAUGGUGUUCGCCUCCACGCUUGGUUCAUCAAGAUGUUCCCCGAAUGUCGAGGUCCAACCAUUUUAUUUUUCCAGGAGAAUGCUGGAAACAUUGCUCAUCGUUUGGAGAUGGUUCGCAUCAUGAUACAGAAAUUGAAGUGCAAUGUAUUCAUGCUUUCAUAUCGUGGCUAUGGGGCAAGUGAAGGCUAUCCUUCACAGCAAGGAAUCAUAAAAGAUGCUCAGGCUGCAUUGGAUCACCUUUCUGGAAGGACUGACAUUGAUACAUCUAGGAUAGUUGUAUUUGGAAGGUCCCUUGGGGGAGCUGUUGGAGCUGUGCUUACCAAAAACAAUCCAGAUAAGGUAUCUGCAUUGAUUCUGGAAAAUACUUUCACAUCCAUUCUUGAUAUGGCUGGCGUUUUGCUGCCCUUCUUGAAGUGGUUUAUUGGAGGAAGUGGUACGAAAAGCCUGAAGCUUCUAAAUUUUGUUGUACGUUCCCCCUGGAAAACAAUUGAUGCUAUUGCUGAGGUCAAACAACCAGUGCUUUUCCUCUCUGGGCUGCAAGAUGAGAUGGUCCCUCCAUUUCACAUGAAAAUGCUGUAUGCAAAAGCAGCUGCCCGUAACCCUCAGUGCACAUUUGUGGAGUUUCCAAGUGGGAUGCAUAUGGAUACAUGGCUGUCGGGUGGUGAGGUUUACUGGAAAACAAACAUGCAGUUUCUUGAAAAGCAUGCGCCUGAGAAAAGGAAAGACGAUACAGGAAGGUAACGAGUGACAAUGCUGUGUUUAGAGGAAGAUUCGACUCACUUAGCUCCUAUUGCAACCUGGAACGACAGUAUUGUUAUAAGCAUGUGUAUACUCGUAUGUUGCAUUUGGGAGUGACAGAUACAACUUGUUCAGGGAGUGAGAUAUUGGACAGGAACUUUGUAAGGAGAACCAGCUAGUGGAGAUGGCAAGUGUAAGCUAAUCAGAUGCAUUUGCU